CUUAUUCUCAUGAGUACCUAAUUCUCAUGAGCGCUGACCAAUUCACCUGUAGUUCUUCAUUACAUUUCUUCCCUCGGCCGAGUAAAUGCUUUCUAUAUUAUCUUUCCCCCCCUGAAACCAAUUCCCAGAAAGGAUCUACUCUUCAAAGUCGCUUAUAAGUCCAUCAAUAAAAAUGGAGACCAGUUCUCGUCGUAAAGCAUGCGAUACUUGUUUCAAGAAGAAAAUCAAGUGUGAUAUGCUGAAACCAGCAUGCUCCAACUGUUUACUAUAUAAAGUGCCAUGUGGCACAACUGCAGUUCGAAGAAGAGUAGCCCCGGUUGUUCAGAGGGAAUCACGGGCAGCAAGCACCACAGUAGAUGACGAUAGCCUUGAGACUCGUCUUGCGCGAAUUGAGGCAAAGCUAGACAGGAUUGGCGACCGUGACGCUGCCACCAUAGUAGAUCGAGGGUCUAGUAACACAUCAAGUCAAGCUGUGGGACCUGCCAUUUCGUCGAUUAUUUCGUCAAUUGAUCUCUCCUCAGGAACAUCUAGUUCAUGUCUUUUGGAGCGCCACGGGGAACGCUGCCUACCCCCUCUCACUGAGAUAUUACCGAUUAUUGAGGACUACUUCCGUGAUUUCAAUACUGCCUUGCCGCUGUUUCACCAACAGCAUUUCAUGCAAAUGCUUUUGGACUUCUAUUCCGAACAGGAGCCUACUAAGAAGUCCAGGGCUGUCUGGGCCGCGAUAAACGUAGUCCUUGCCCUUGGUUUACGCGUCCGCACUGUUGAUACAGACGAAAUCAUAGUUAGAUUCGAUGAUAUUAAAAUUAAAAAUUGCAUCGACAAUGCCCAGAAAGAACUGGACGAGCUUGUGACACGAGAAGAAGACACACUUGGGAUAGAAGUUCUCUUGGGUCUAGUUUUGCUCUUCCAGACAAAUACUGAUCAGAAACCAGCGUCAGUUCUGAUUAGCACCGCUGUUCGACUGGCCCAUAGGCUCGGGCUUCACGUGAAAUCAACAUUAUCCCAGUAUUCACCAGAGGUUGCACGUCAUAGAAGCAAUAUAUUCUGGCUCUGUUACUACUUAGACAAAGACGUCUGUUUCCGCUCGAGGAUCCCCUCUAUGCAAUGCGAUUAUGACUUGGACCUGGACCUGCCCGAAGACAAUGACAACUAUCUUCAAAGUAUUGAUGGGAAUUCACAACUUAACUAUCUCCGUGCUAGGGUCCAACUUGCUUAUCUACAGGGGAAGGUUUAUGACUACCUGCUCAGCAAUCGAUCGUUCAGAUUAUCACAUGAGGCUCGCCAGGAGAGGGUUUCUCAUCUUGCCAGACUCCUAAAUCAAUGGGUACUAACAAUACCGGAAUCAAUGCAGCUCGAAAAGAUAACAGAGACUGUGGCAAAGGCACCGCUUUCUCAUAUGAUCCUUCUAUAUCACACUUACUUAAUGUGUUAUACGGUACUUAACGGCCUUUACUCUCUUGACUCGCCUUGGUUAAAAGCAGUCAAUGAUGCUAGCAAUUCCGUUCUUCGAAGUUUCAAUAACCAAGCAAGAGGUUAUAUGCAGCAUUAUCAACCAUUAUUGCCUCGUUUUUGGGAUACAUGCGUGAGAACUAGUCGCGGGUGUUUGAAUAUAUUACACAAUAAAUGCUAUAGCGGAUGUAACCUAUGGCUCGGUGGCUGUGCCUACUUUUCUGCAUUCAUUGUCUUGCUAGCUAAUAUAGUAUACUAUCCUUCGCACGAGCUAGUAGAUCAUGACCGAGAACUUACCAAGUUGACAAAAGAGCGUAUUGGGAGGCUGCUGGACUACACCGGGUUGGAGUCUUUCAAGACUCUCCAGGUUGUUCUUACAAGCUUAGAGCAGGCCGCGAAUUACGCGGUCGAGCAGGCGAAGAGCCUCGACCGGGCUUUUGAUCCUGUACCGUCUACCACAAAUUCCUAUUGCACAUAUGCUCCGUUGCAGUUUGGCACCCCUUCCAGCGGCGUAAGCCAGAACUUGAUUGGCCAUCCCGAGGUACCAGCUCAGGGGGCCGCGUGGCCCCAAGAUUCGAAUUUCGGGAUUCCCGGCUGCACGUCUGCUGGAUUUGAUUUCAGCGAUGAGCUAUCAGUGCCGGAUUUUAUGCGAGAGCUCUUCUGAGAAAAGGGACGUAUAAGAUAUACGUAAUGAGAUGGAUAUUAAAAGGAGGCGUAUUGUUUCGGUUGAAAUACAUAAUAAAUAUACCUAGAAGGGGGAAUAUUAUUAAUAUGUGCUCAUGCAGCAUAGAGCUCAUGUAAUUGGGUAUUUAACAAUAGGCGUUGGAUGAUAACAUAUCUGUAAUAGAUGAUUGGUUUGAGCUAUGCUGGGAAUUAUGGAACACGGGAAAGCCAAGUUGAUUUAUGAUGUCAUGAGUUGGUGAACAAACACAACUCUGGCCAUUGAGAGGGUUGGGAUUACAACUCCCGAUCAAUAAUGGAAGUGUGCUAAUGAUGCAUGUAAGGAUGCAUUACGACAUGGGAGCUAGGAGGUACCCAUAGAGGCGUAGGGCAGUGGUAGAGUACUUGAUCGGUGAUGAGAAGAAAUUAUAGAAAACGAUGAAGGUUUUAAGCCGUUGAUUUGACCUCGAAC